AAAGAUAAUAGAACAUGAAAAGACAAACAGUGGGAAUGAAUCAUACAACAAAAUUUGCAGUUCUCACACCAGGAACUGCUGAAUCACAAUGUGUAAAUACAUCAGACAUGAAAUGCACUGUAAGAGGAGGAACACGUGGGUGUUUCCUUUCCAAUUUUUCAAGAGAUAGCAGUAGAAGAGAGAUUUAGUAGUUAAUAUAAGACUGAAGGAACAAGCUUAGAGCCAGGUUAUUUGCUGUUGUGAAUUUAUUUUUUGAAGUGGAUCAUGGACUUUUCUUCACUGCUUAGGAGGAUGCAGGGUAUGCAGGGGAGACGAGGGGCAGAUGAUGGUCCAAGUGAAUACAUUAGUGAUGAUGAGUUAGUGACCCUCACCGUCCGAGAACUGAACCGUCAGCUGAAGUCCCUCCCCAAAGAUGAAGUGACAAAGCUUAAGCAACGAAGGAGAACACUAAAAAAUCGUGGCUAUGCUGCUAGUUGUCGUGAAAAACGCAUGUCACAGAAGGACGAGUUAGAACUAGAAAGACAGACAUUGGCACAACAAGUGGAAAGGCUGAAAGAGGAAAAUGCAAAAGUUCACAAAGAACUGGAAAAUUUGAAAAAUAAAUAUGAAACCUUACAAACAUUUGCUAAUUCUGGAAGUUUUAAUACCAUUCGUGUUAUCAAGAGAGAGCCCCAGGAUACAACUGCCAAUUAUUUCAACUAGUAAACUAAACUUGUCAAUAGAUGAAGUGGGAUGAUUGGUCAUUCAUGUGGGAUAGAGAAAAUUUCGAUAUUCAUAGACUUGCUCAAUUUACUUCUUUUUAACUCCAUUAUUUAUUUAUUUAUUUAUUUUGCCAUUAGGCCUUCUCCCCCAUUUGAUGGAAUCACAAUCUGUAACUUCUUGUUGUAUGCCAACAACAAACAGAUGCGCUGAAUGUUAACUUUUGUUGGCAUUAAAAGUGGGAAAUUUACUCGAGUAUCAGGA